CACCCGCCGAGUGACCCACACACAAGACAACGCAGCCGCGCUGAACCAAUGUCAGGCUGCUGAACAGGGAACGGCGACGGCGGUGGCGGAGGGGAAAAGAGAGCCAGCCUUGUACACCCAGCAUGUAAACAAUACAUGGAAGUUACCAAGUAAUGCGAAGCCAGGGAGCAGCAACAACAGCCCAAGGUGCAAAAGGGGCGCCUGGAGCAUCCCCCAACUAACCCCUCCUUUCCCCCCUCCCCAGAAGGACCGAGUGCCCAGUUUCCUGGAGGGCGAGGGGGAGCCGAAUCGGAUACAGUCACACACGGAGGAGGAGGAGGAGGAGGGAGGCGGCUGAAGGCAGCCAGGGCAGAGGAGGAUGGAUUUCCAGCAGCUGGCUGACGUUGCGGAUAAAUGGUGCUCCAACACCCCCUUCGAGCUCAUCGCCACCGAGGAGACAGAGAGAAGGAUGGAUUUCUACGCUGAUCCAGGCGUUUCCUUUUACGUCCUGUGUCCUGACAACGGCUGCGGAGACAAUUUUCAUGUCUGGAGUGAAAGCGAGGACUGCUUGCCCUUCCUGCAGUUGGCGCAGGACUACAUCUCUUCCUGUGGUAAAAAGACGCUGCAUGAAAUACUGGAAAAAGUCUUCAAAUCAUUCAGACCUCUAUUGGGGCUUCCAGACGUAGAUGAUGAUGCAUUUGAAGAAUAUAAUGCGGAUGUGGAAGAAGAAGAGGCAGAAGCCGAUCACCAGCAAAUGGGUGUCAGUCAGCAGUAAUUUUCAGAGGAAUUAAAAUAUAUUUUAUCCUACCAGGUGGGGUUGUUAUGCUUCUGCAUUAGCAUUUAUGAAUGACGCAUCACACUGGAAAAUCUGACUCCCAAAUCCAAAGUUUAAAGAAAACAACAAUAUUUUUCAAAGUCUGUGAUGAGCUUUGCUAAGAAGUAGCCUGAAUUUAACUCCUGCUUCAGUGAGGUUUCUAUGGCGUUGUCUUGGUAGCAUUCUGCCAUUGUUAACUUAGAAUUAGUUUGGUUUUUUUUCUUCUUGCUGACUUGUCUUUUUUGGUUGUUUUUAAUUAUUAUCAUUUUUUGUUUGUUUGUAUAGGAGAAUUAACAUUUCACUGACCUGAAUGUGAUUUGAAUGUAGGAACUAUUUGGUUGGUGUGUUAAGUACUUGCGUGACCUUACUGAGGACCAUCCAUGCAGAGAAUAAACGCAAUCUGCACUUUCA